AUGGAAAAGCCACAGAUGAUGGCCUCAUAUUCUGUUUCUGAUGCUCUGUUUCAACUUAUUACUUGUGUGUUUUUCCACUCAUGCUCAACACUAGGUCUUUGUGCUUCCUUGUGUGGUGCAUUCUUUCAUAUGUUUUUACUUCAAAGCAUGUACUCAAUCAAGGCAACUUUGCUUUUAUUCCAGGCAUACAAGGCAAAUGUUAUUUUCCCUAACAAACACCAAUCUGAAUCAGAGAAGUUUCAUAAUAACCGUCUUCUUGAAAGCGAGACAUAUAUAGGUGGUCAUGUGGAAUGCCUUGAAAGUGGAGUUUUUAGAUCUGAUCUUUUAACUAGUUUUAAGCUUGAUCCAUCUGGAUAUCAGCAACUGAUUGACAACCUUGAUCGUGAUCUGCAAUAUGCUAUAAGAGUUGAGGGUAAGAUGGACUUGGAUUCCGUAUCUAAUUAUGAUGAAGUGAGGAGUUCUAUCUUUGAAAAGGUAUUGCCUCUUUCAUUUGCCUUGGAUAAUGUUCUGAUUUGUUCCUGA